AACGCACAUGAGCAGCAGUACCAUCCCCAACACCAGGGGGCAGUGAGACGCUACAGUCAGAUCGAUUGUAAAUCAACAAAGAAGAAAUUCCCUGUGCCCGUAAGUGGAGCCGUUUUCCAUGUGAGCAGGCUAAACCUCUCCGUCAUCAUAUUUAUAUCUGUGCAACAUAAGCAUGGCUCUUGAAUCCCGGAUCACACAGGAGGAGAUAAAGAAGGAGCCCGAGAAGCCCAUCGACCGAGAAAAGACCUGCCCCCUUCUGCUACGAGUGUUCACCACCAACAAUGGUCGACACCACAGAGUCGAUGAGUUUGUCAGAGGAAACGUUCCGUCCAGCGAGCUGCAGAUAUACACAUGGAUGGAUGCCACUCUAAAGGAGCUGACCAGUUUGGUGAAGGAGGUGUAUCCCGAGGCCAGGAAAAAAGGGACUCACUUUAGCUUUGCCAUAGUCUAUCCAGAUCCUAGAGGGAAGAUGUACAGGUUGAAAGAUAUUGGAAGCACUAUGUCUGGCAGGAAGGGUGCGGAUGACUCCAUGACGCUGCAGUCUCAGCGCUUCCAGAUCGGAGAUUACCUGGACAUCGCCAUUACACCUCCCAACAGAGCUCCACCCCUCAACGCAAGGAUGAGGCCGUUCUGAGCACACACAACACAAAAAACAAGACACACAUGCCUGUUUUUUCUUUUUUUUUUCUCUGAAGUCAUCUAACAUGGUCUCACCUUGGUGUUUUUUAACUGAUGUGUAAUAAAAAGUUUGCUUUUUUUUCCAAA